AUGAGCCGGUUGUACCACUCCAUCGAGCCAUGCGUGAUGGAUGACGAGUUGCUAAAGCUGGUGGUGAGCGAGCAGGGCCCCCGCGAGGAGGCCGGGCAGCUGGCCAAGCAGGAGGGCAUCCUCUUCAAGGACGUCUUGUCCCUGCGGUUGGACUUCCAGAACAUCCUGCACAUCGACAGCCUCUGGCAGUUCGAGAACCUGCGCAAGCUGCAGCUGGACAACAACAUCAUCGAAAGGAUCGAGGGCCUGGAGAGCCUCGUGCACCUGGUCUGGCUGGAUCUAUCUUUCAACAACAUCGAGGUCAUCGAGGGGCUGGACACCCUGGUGAACCUCGAGGACCUGAGCUUGUUCAACAACCGCAUCUGCCGGAUCGACUCCCUGGACGCGCUGGCCAAGCUGCAGGUGCUGUCGCUGGGCAACAACCAGAUCGACAACAUGAUGAAUCUCCUCUACCUGCGGAGGUUCAAGUGCCUGCGGACGCUCAGCCUGGCCGGGAACCCGGUGGCCGAAGCGGAAGACUACAAGAUGUUCAUCUACGCCUACCUGCCCGACCUUGUGUACCUGGACUUCCGCCGCAUCGACGACCACAUGAGAGAGCUGGCAGAGGCCAAGCACCAGUACAGCAUUGACGAGCUGAAGCACCGGGAGAACCUGACACAGGCCCGGCUGGAAGCUGAGCAGGAGCAGCGCGAGGAGCUGGAGGCGCACAAGGCAGCCUUCGUGGAGCACCUCAACGACUCCUUCCUGUUCGACAGCAUGUACGCCGAGGACGUGGAAGGCAACAAGCUGUCCUACCUGCCCGGCGUCGGGGAGCUGCUUGAGACCUACAAGGACAAGUUCGUCAUCAUCUGCAUGAACAUUUUCGAGUACGGCCUAAAGCAGCAGGAGAAGCGGAAGGCGGAGUUGGACACCUUCACCGAGUGCAUUAAGGAAGCCAUCUGGGAUAACCAGCAGCAGGGCAGGCUCCGCAUCGCCCAGUUCGAGGAGAAGCAUCUGCUGAGCGUGAGCAGCAUCCGGGAGGAGUCGGAGCUGCCCAACGUGGAGAAGAAGAUCGCGGAGUGCAGCCAGGACAUCGCCGAGCUGUCCAACGCGCUCAUGACCCUGGAGAUGCAGCUGGUGGAGCAGCUGGAGGAGACCAUAAACAUGUUUGAAAGGAACAUCAUGGACCUGGUGGGGCUCUUCAUUGAGAACGUCCAAAGUCUAAUGGCCCAGUGCCGGGACCUGGAGAACCACCACCAUGAGAAGCUGCUGGAGACCUCCAUCAACACCCUGGAGAAGAUAGUCAAGGGCGAGCUGGAUGACGACCUGCCGGACGACGUGCGUGCGCUGUUUGUGGACAAGGACACGGUCGUGAACGCUGUCGGGGCAUCGCACGACAUUCACCUCCUCAAGAUUGACAACCGGGAGGACGAGCUGGUGACCAGGAUCAACUCCUGGUGCACACAGCUGCUGGACAAGAUUCACAAGGACGAGAUCACGAGGAACCGCAAGCGCGUGAGGGAGAUCAACCAGUACGUCGACCACAUGCAGAGAGAGCUGGAGAGCCUGGAGAGCGGCGACGUGGAGUAG